UGAUAGCUUCAUCCGUCUCAAAAUCGUCAAGCUCUACUCUGCUCCGACAUUGACAAGCCGGAUAGAUGCUAUUAGGCAAGCCCUUAGCCCACAAUGGCAAUCCUGUCGGGUCGCACCGCGCUUCACCUACCCUUCCGGAACUCCCUCUGCAGGCCACGGUUUGAUGCUCUGCCACCACUCCCUACAGUCCGAAGUAACACAACCAUUGCCCCUCCACCCCUCGACCGCCAACAAUCCUUUCCUCCUCCAGCUCGCGCGAUCCAAAACUCCAACCGUCCUCUACGAAGCACCCCCGCACUUCUGGCUCAAAUUCACUGCCUGGUCAUCUGCUAUAGCCUGCUAUGCUGGCGCAGGCUUGAACUGCCUCUACUCCGUUUCCGGCGACUUCCCGGGCGCCCCGUGGUGGGUGAGCUCCGUAUACACGGCCGUCUGCAUAGCCAUGGCAGGUGUGGGCUCGUUCUUCGUCUUCGGUUCCGCCAACAUCAUCAAGUCGAUCCGCGCCGUCCCCACCGCCUCUCUCGGGUCCAAAGCCCUCGCGUCCGCCGCGGGGACGGUCGCCCAUAACCCGCGCCUCACGCCGAUCCACCUCGAAGUUGCCGUGAAACCCAUCCUCCCCUUUUUCCGGAAACCAUCUAUCGUGACGGUUCCGCCGGCGGACGUCGUCCUUUCCGGGCGGCUCUUCAAGCCUCACCUGACCGAAGCGCAAGCCCGGGCCGCGCGUGCGAGGGAGAAGGCGGAGGCCAAGGCGAGGUGGGAACAGGAGAAGCAGAGGUUGCUGACGCUGCCUUUCCGCGAUGCCGGACGCGGGGCGAAGGCUGUGUGGCGCGGUAUCAGGAGGGGGAUCGUGGGCGGCGGUUUCUUGAAGGUUAUGGUGGGGAGCCGGAAAUGCAAACUGGAUGUUGAAGGCGGUUGGGCGCUGAAUGACGGCGCAGCUCUGGAAAGCCUUGUGCGUGUCAAUGGCGCCGGCACAGGCCCGAAGAACCAGAGGCGCUCGUGAAAUUAACUGAGGGCUCCUACUUCUCAAGCUCGUGGUUGACUAGGAGGACCUAUCUGUACAUCUCGACCAAUAUGUAUAUCUGUGGUUCUGUAUAAUAGCAUAGACGAACUGUAUCUAUAUUAUGAUCCAUGAGACCUCGAGUUUAGACCAGAAGCUGGUCUAUCAAGAACAAUAUC